AUGACUAGUCAUCUGCCUCUUGUUAGAAUUACAACGGAUCAUGAUUAUGAGUUUGAGAAUUCUCAGUUUAUGAAAUUCUAUGAGGAGAUGGGAAUUAAGCAUGAGUUCUUUAUAUCUACUACACCUCAGCAAAAUGUUGUUGUGGAGAGAAAAAAAAUAGAGUUCUUGUUGAGAUGGCUAGGGUGUUUUUUUGGUCUUUUAUCUCCUAUGCUUGAGGGAGAAUCUCCAGCUCAUCUGUCCCUGUUGAAAACUCUCUAUGGAAGCAUGAUAGGAAGCCUUCUCUACUUGAUUGCAAAUAGACCUAUCAUUUCUUAUAGUAUAGGAGUUUGUGCUAGGUUCCAAAGUGAUCCCAAAGAGUCUCAUUUGUUUGCUGUCAAAAGAAUCAUAAAAUAUGUGAGUAGAACUUUUGAGUUUGGGUUGUGGUAUAUCUAUGACACUUGUGUCAAUCUUGUUGGGUAUAGUGAUGCCAAUUGGGCAGGUUGUAGUGAUGGUAGGAAAAGCACUUACGGGGGGGUCUUUUAUGAAGGCAACAACCUAGUUGCUUGGGAUAGCAAAAAAUAG